CGUUACCCAAACGACUAUCACGCUGGAAACAGCCUGGACGGUUCUUUUGAUUCUCAUGUGAAGGCUGGCUGUGUUAUGAGUGUUACGUGCCUUCACUGCUCGGUGUUCCAGUACCGCGCCCGGACGGAAAUGUGUCUUCCGGGGGAAAGCUGCUUUCAGCAAACAAGACACCGAGCACAUCGCGCCACACAGCCUGGACAUCUGCAGCUUUCAACAGCGUGUGCCUUUCUAAGAACGCAAGCGGUUUGAUACGCAAAUCUAUGGCCAGACCUAUGCGUCCCAGAGGGGAGAAGAGCCGUGGAAAAUCAGAUAGAGAACCGUAAGAGCUCAAACCUCAAAUUUUGCUAUUUCAUUCUGAUCUUAGUGCCGUCAUUCAUGGAUGUGCACGCAGAGGCGGGUCCGUUGCACGUGCAGACGGAGGAUGAGCCACCGGGAGGCGCCACCGUGACCGUGGAUGCCGCACAGUUUCAGCUCCAGUCGGUGGGGACCGACGGGGAGUUCAGCGGGGAUGACUUGCCGACGGACGCUGGAGCUCAAACACUGCUGCCUGAUCCGAUCACAGAGAUCGAGAACGAGGAUGGUGAGUGUGCAGGGACGGGCACACCUGGCGAGGACAUCGCGGGGAAAACGGAAACAGUGGGCUCCAGUUGCAGCAACGAGAGCUGCAUCCCGACCCCAGGCUGUCGGAUCUGCUUUCAGGGAGCCGAGCAGGGGGAGCUGCUGAGCCCGUGCCGCUGUGCUGGUUCUGUUCGGCAUGCCCAUCAGCAGUGUUUGCUCAAGUGGAUCAGUGAGAAGGGCUCCUGGAGCUGUGAACUCUGCAACUACAGAUUCAACAUACUGCCUAUACAUAUCAAACCACCACAACAGUGGCAGACUGUCACCAUGACUCUGGUGGAGAAGGUUCAGGUCAUUGCAGUGAUGCUGGGUGGCAUCUUUCUAUUGGCCAGUGUGUCGUGGCUGCUGUGGUCAGCACUGAGUCCAGCGGCACUAUGGCAACGCAGUGACAUCCUGUUCCAGAUCUGCUAUGGCAUGUAUGCAGUCAUGGACCUUGUGUGUAUUGGUCUGAUUGUUCAUGAAGGUGGAGCUGUGUACAAUGUGCUCAUGCGCUGGCGGGCCGUUAAUCUCUUCUGGGAUGUCCAGAACUACGAUAAAAGCCGAGACCUGGAGACCACACACAGCCUUCACCGCAACCUGUGGCUGCCUCUCACACACACACACACAGUCUCCAACGCACACUCACUAACCACCCGACUGGAGUCAUCACCUCGAUGCCCCCUCCACCUCUUCUCCAUGUGCCUGAAUGUGACCUCUGACCUCUCCCCACAAGAGCAAUGCUCGGGCGAGCAUGUCAUCAGGGUCACGUCAGUUUGACAUGAUAUCAACUCUUUCAGGGACCAAUCCACUCUCCCUGCACCAUCCUGUUGUGGGAGGGGCUAACCAGUGGGAGGGGCCUCAGUGUUGGGAGGAGCCUUACUUGAAAAGCACUUUAGAUAUGCAAACUGAUUUAAAUUAUAUAUUGAAUUGUUACUUUGAGCCUGGAGUUCUGGAUCAGCCUUUGAGCAUCGAAGUAAGACUACAAAGCACACAUGGACUUAAAAUUAUAAUGCACACAAAAUGUAUUACUGCUGUUAGACGAAUGAAUGUUUCUUUUUGGUUCAGGUUUUCAAUUUCCAUACUGAUAAACUAGUGGCAGUCGCAUGGAACUUUCAAAUUGGUUGUGAAGGAGCCAUUCCUCCCCUUAUUCACCAUGGUAUCCACACGAAACAAAUGAGCGCUCAUGAUACAUUUGAAGUUUUUCUAGGGCUAAUUGAUGUAACCGAUUAUGUAAUGAUAUAAAAUAAUUAUUUAUAACUACCCAUUUUACAGAAAGAGUGUUUAAAGAAUAACAUUUUAGUACAAAAAUAUUGGUGAUUUUUACUUUCUAGGUUGUAGUUUUGUUUAGGAUAUCAUACAUCAUCCAGUCAGGCGGUGCAAAUGUUCAAAUACUACUUCAACAAAAGCUGCGAAAACAUUGAUUUCACAAGGAAGUAGUGGAGAAACGGGAUAUCAAAAAAGAAAACAUUCAAAUAAAAUAUAAAAAAAACUACAUGCAUUUAUCAAAAACGACAUAUAGUAGAUGAGCAUAAGCAAUUUGGCACAGUGCUAACAGUAAUCAUAUAAAAUGCCAGGUUUAUUAGAAAGCUAGAUAGGAGCUCAUUGCAUUACAUUGGAUUUUUCCCCCUCAGAAAUGUGAGUAUUGUUUGCUUGUGUAAAACAUGGCACCAAAAUGCUAGGCUGUUGUGGGCGGUUGCAUAUGAUAUACAUGCAAACGUUCAAAUAUUUCAACACAAGCUCAAAUCGGAUCCGAAAAUUCUGCGCAUAUAUUCGUAAUGCCACACAGCUCCCAUACUACUCUCCAUUGGAAACCAAGGGAUUUCAAAAGCUCCACAAAUAUUGAGAAAGCUUUAACUUUGCAACAAUGCAUUCUGUUGUAGGCAUCUGUUUCAAUAUGACAUUCAUAUAAGCGAGUCCAGCUCUAAUUGUACUCUAUUCUCACAUGAUUUUAAAUGACCCUCAGAAAGAUCUUACACAUUGCCAUCUGCCAAUGCUUGUGUGUAUUAUGGCGAAAAACUAGUUAGACUGACUUUGGACUAUUACUCAUUCAAAGUUCAUUAAUUAAUGGAGUUGGUGGUUAGAUAUUGCAGUAAACUGUGUGAUGCUGGUAAUCAUUGUGCCCUUAAAGGGUUAGUUCACCCAG